UGGCACCUACAACAACAGUGCCAUCGCCACCCCUCACCUGGAUGCCCUGGCCCGCCGCAGCCUGGUCUUCCGCAAUGCCUUCACCUCCGUCAGCAGCUGCUCUCCCAGCCGCGCCAGUCUGCUCACUGGCCUGCCCCAGUGCACGCGGCUGCUACAGUGUUUGUCCUGUGGGCACUGGCUGAUGUCACCGAGCGUAGUGGCCUCGCGGGAACGUCGUGGCAGGCGUCAGGAUGUCCUUCCUUGCGGCCAAAACACCGUGUGAGGUUCCGUCACGCGGGUCUGGCACACGUUGCUUACCUGUUCAACCGCCGAUGGAUGCCGAGGUUGCUUCUACUCCUGACUGUCGUGAAUAACGCUGCUGUGAACUCGGGUGCACGAGCACUUACUCCCGAUGUGUUACCCCGAGACACCAUCUUCCGGGGAGCCGGCGUGCUCUGUGCGUCCCCAUUGGAGAGACCAAGGCCAUGUGUAGGCGGCCCAUGUGUGGCCACUACCCAGACGCCUCCUGGAAGGUCAAUCAGGCAGCUGUGAGCUACACUCCCGUCCGGGCCGUAGGAAUGAGGAGAGCACUGUUCCGGCUUGUCUUACGUCUUUCCAGUCUCAGUUUGUAACGUGUGCGACUGGUUUUUUUUUACGCUGUAAAAAAUCCAGUUAAUCGGGGCGCCUGGGUGGCUCAGGGGGUUAAGCGUCCGCCUUUGGCUCAGGUCAUGAUCUCACGGUUUGUGGAUUCGAGCCCCACAUCAGGCUCCACACUGACGUCACAGGGUCUGCUUGUGAUCCCCCCCCCUUCUCUCUGUGCUCCUCCUACUCGUGCUCUCUCUCUCUCUCUCUAAAUGAGCUUUAAAAAAAUCCAGUUAACAGCGGUUUGCCGCCGUGGCAUGUGCUCGCAACGAAAAAGCUGGAAAACCCAGGUAGACAAAAAAGAAGGAAAUAAAAGCCACCCCUAGGGGCACAUCUCCGGCGUGCUGUUUCCCCUGCUGACGUCCUACGGUAGGGGCCAGACGGAGAGGCCGUGGAACUCUCCCUGGGUGCCGGCCGCCCGAGCCGAAAGGGGGCCCCCGGAGGGCCCGGCGACGAGCCACGGGGAGAGCCGGGGCGGGUGGGGCCCCGCGUCACGCGCGUCUCUGCCGCAGCAUCAGAACGGGAUGUACGGCUUGCAUCAGGACGUCCACCACUUCAACUCCUUCGACAAGGUGCAGAGUCUGCCGCGGCUGCUCGGCCAGGCCGGCAUUCGCACAGGCAUCAUUGGGAAGAAGCACGUGGGCCCCGAGCUGGUGUACCCGUUUGACUUCGCCUACACGGAGGAGAACGGCUCUGUCCUCCAGGUAGGACGCAACAUCACCAGAAUUAAGCUGCUCGUCCGGAAAUUCCUGCGGACUCAGGAUGACAGGCCCUUCUUCCUGUACGUCGCCUUCCACGACCCCCACCGCUGUGGGCACUCCCAGCCCCAGUACGGGACCUUCUGUGAGAAGUUUGGCAACGGGGACAGCGGCAUGGGGCGGAUCCCAGACUGGACCCCCCAGGCCUACGACCCACAGGACGUGGUGGUGCCCUACUUCGUCCCCGACACUCCCGCAGCCCGAGCUGACCUAGCCGCCCAGUAUACCACCAUCGGCCGCAUGGACCAAGGGGUGGGACUCGUGCUCCAGGAGCUGCAUGAAGCAGGUGUCCUGAAUGACACCCUGGUGAUCUUCACGUCCGACAACGGGAUCCCCUUCCCCAGUGGCAGGACCAACCUGUACUGGCCGGGCACUGCUGAACCCUUGCUGGUGUCGUCCCCGGAGCACACGAAACGCUGGGGCCAGGUCAGCGAGGCCUACGUGAGCCUCCUAGACCUCACGCCCACCAUCUUGGAUUGGUUCUCUGUCCCUUACCCGAGCUACGCCAUCUUUGGCUCGAAGACCGUCCGGCUCACCGGCCGGUCCCUCCUGCCGGCGCUGGAGGCAGAGCCCUUCUGGAGCACCGUCUUUGGCAGCCAGAGCCACCACGAGGUCACCAUGGCCUACCCCAUGCGCUCCGUGCACCACCGGGGCUUCCGCCUGGUGCACAACCUGAACUUCAGGAUGCCCUUUCCCAUCGACCAGGACUUCUACGUGUCGCCCACCUUUCAGGACCUCCUGAAUCGCACCGUGGCCGGCCAGCCCACGGGCUGGUACAAGGACCUCCGUCACUACUACUACCGGGACCGUUGGGAGCUCUACGACCGCAGCCAGGACCCCCACGAGACCCGGAACCUGGCCGCUGAUCCACGCUACGCCCAGGUUCUGGACCUGCUCCAGACCCAGCUGGCCAAGUGGCAGUGGGAGACCCACGACCCCUGGGUGUGUGCUCCCGAUGGUGUCCUGGAGGAGAGGCUCUCUCCCCAGUGCCGGCCGCUCCACAAUGAGCUGUGAGGGUCGCCCGGGGGACGUGGGAGGCCUCCCCACGCCCGGUCCCCACCUUUCCAGCUGAGGCGGAGGGAGGGGCAGCGACCCUCCCGUCUGAGCAGGGCUCUCCCUGAUGCUGGGGUCGUUGCUGCCACUGCGUGGAGGGGGGAGUGGUGGGGCCUGUGCCCGGCUCCUUCCUCCGCCCGUGGGAGUGGGGACACGGUCGUCCUGGUGUCCGAGUCAUGUCUCAGCACAGGACUUGCAGGAAGGGGGGCUUGUUUCCUGGGUUCGGCUGGGGACCUGCCAAGAGAAGGCGCUGGGACCCGGGGCUCGAGACCUUCAUUCUUCGGAGCCCACAGACGUCCCCGCGCCCUUCACCCGGGAGGAGCUGGGCCUCCGUGUGUCCCGCGGGUGGCGGUGGCCCCAAACCGCACCGUAUGUGGUAACCCAGUGUCUGGCUCGUGUCAAUCCCUGGCCUUGAAAACUCUUCGAACAACC